AUGAAAAGAAAAGUCACUGAGGGGGGCAUUUUGGUAACUACAGAGAGUUGGGCAGGGUAUAUCAGUAAAAACGCGAGAAAAGCAGAUGGGCUCUUCACCUCCGACGACGAGUGGCAACUGAAGUCAAGCCUCGCUUCACUCUCUCAACUGAUACAUUCCUCUGAAUUCCGAAUCUCUCUGCGGUGGACCUCCGAUUCGUCGUCGGAAUCUAGCUCGUACUCGAUCUCAAUCAACAAUGCCGGCGUUAGAUCGAAUUCUCUGAUUCCGGCAAUUUCCCGAUCAAUUAGCUCACUGAAGGAACUUUCCGAUCGCUUUGAGAUUAACCGAAGAAGGAAAAUGUCACAUUCAUGGGACGGUCUCGGAGAGAUCGCGUCAGUGGCGCAGCUCACGGGGCUAGACGCCGUGAAGCUGAUAGGGCUAAUAGUGAAAGCCGCGAACACCGCUUGGAUGCACAAGAAGAAUUGCCGUCAAUUCGCUCAGCAUCUCAAACUAAUCGGGAAUUUGCUGGAGCAGCUGAAGAUCUCUGAGAUGAAGAAGUAUCCGGAGACUCGAGAGCCGCUCGAAGGGCUCGAGGAUGCGUUGAGGAGGUCGUACAUUCUCGUCAACAGUUGCCGUGACCGGAGCUAUCUCUACUUGUUGGCUAUGGGAUGGAAUAUCGUUUACCAGUUUAGGAAAGCUCAGGAUGAGAUUGAUCGUUUUCUUAAGAUCAUACCUCUCAUCACUUUGGUGGAUAACGCUCGUGUUAGGGAGAGGUUAGCGUAUAUUGACCGAGAUCAUUGCGAGUAUACGCUGGAUGAAGAGGAUAGGCAUGUGCAAGAUGUGAUUAUGAAACAAGAAUCCACCAGAGAAGCAGCGUCGGUGCUGAAGAAGACUCUCUCUUGCUCAUACCCUAACUUGCGUUUCUGUGAUGCUCUCAAGACGGAGAACGAGAAGCUGCAGCUCGAGCUUCAGCGUUCGCAGGAGCAUUAUGAUGUGGCUCAGUGUGAAGUCAUUCAGCGGUUGAUUGGUGUUACACAGACUGCUGCUGCUGUUGAUGACUCUGAGAAAGAGCUGACGAAGAAAGCUUCUAAGAAAAAUGAGCGUAGUUCGAGUAAUAGGACAGAAUAUACGUAUGACGAAGAUUCUCCAAAGAAAACCACUAGUCGUGCACCUUCAAGAUCCACUUCAUCUGUUACAUCGGGGCAUGAUCUGCUUUCACGAAGAGAAUCAUUGCACCAUGAAGAAUGGCAUACCGACCUAUUGGCUUGUUGCUCGGAGCCUUCUCUUUGCUUGAAGACAUUCUUUUUCCCGUGUGGUACUUUGGCAAGGAUUGCCACUGCAGCAACUAACAGGCACACCUCUUCAGCUGAAACGUGUAAUGAGCUAAUGGCAUAUUCUUUGAUACUUUCGUGUUGCUGCUAUACUUGUUGUGUAAGGAGGAAACUCCGGAAAACACUGAACAUAAAGGGAGGGUUCAUUGACGAUUUUCUUUCUCAUUUGAUGUGCUGUUGCUGUGCUCUUGUCCAAGAACUGAGAGAAGUUGAGAUUCGUGGGGCUUAUGGUACGGAGAAGACUAAAAUAAGCCCGCCUUCGUCGCAGUUCAUGGAACAUUGA